AUGUCAGGGUCCAAGGCUGCGCUCAAGGCAAUUGGCGACUUUGUCAAGCAACAAAAAUGGGACGAUGCUAUCCAGAAAGCAAGCGAGUUUCUUGAGCGCGAACCCAAAAACUACCAGGCAAACAUCUUCUUAGCCUUCGCGCUUGAUAAGAAGAGCCGAGUAGACGAGGCUGAAAAGGCAUAUAAAGCUGCCGCAGCGCUCCGGCCAAAAGAAAGCCAAGCAUGGCAAGGCCUUAUCAAACUCUACGAAAAACAGGAUCGCAAGCGCAUAGGAGCGUAUCAGCAAGCUGCAGUUAGCUUGGCAGAGAUCUACCGGGACGCUGAAGACAUGUAUAAGUGUCAAGACGUCAUUGAUAAGUUCAUAGAUUUUGCCAGAUCUCAGGGUGACACCAACCAGUAUGUCGAGGCUCUGAGCGUCAUCCUCCCAGGAAGCCCUAUCUAUCCUGCUCUCGAAGGCAGAGUGCCACACCCUGCCAAGACGUACGAGACGAUGGCACAGAUCAUAGAAGCCGACGAGAAGAAGCGCAUCAACACACUCAUUGGCGAGCGAAGGACAAGAAUAGGAGCGCGCUUAAACGAAGUCACAUUGGAAGUGAAGCGCGAGGUGAUCAAACAGAGCAAGCUCGAGUGGAUUUACCAGCAACUGAUCAAUUGGACUAACGACGACGAGCUGCGGCGGAGAUAUGAGGAAAAGCUUCUGCAGUGGUGCUAUGAUCGUUUGUUAGUUGCACCACUUGGCCCCGAAAAGGGCCAGGCCUUGCAAGCUGUCUUGAAACUAGCCCUCGACAUGGUCAUUAUCAAGCAUCCGUUCAGGCUUGCCUGGGAGAUCGCCAUCAACUGGAAGGAUGCGAAAGAAAUCAGAGAAUGGGAUAUCAACAUGUUGAGAGACUAUUGCACGUUUUUCCCGGAAACCGACUUAUAUAAAGUCAUCACUGGCUUCCUGACGAGUACCAUUUCCCCAUUCCCGAAGCCAACACCCGCAGAGCUUGAAGCAGAAGAAACCGAAGAAGAGAGUGAGGAUGAUGAAGGAGGAGGCGUGUCGAUGGUUCCGUUGACAGAACAGGAUAGAAUUCUGAUGAUGACUGAUGGCAUCACCACCUCGGACUCGCUUUUCGCUCACCGUCUGAUGGGAGAGUACUAUCAACAUCUCGAGGAGUAUGAGAGCACUGCAGAGCUGAUGCGGAAGUCUAUGGAACACCUCAAGGCGGAGAGGACCAAAACUGGAAUGACCUUCCAAAACACCAGCGAUGCCUUUUCGUUGUAUCUAGGCACAGCCCUGGUAUUUUACCAUUCCCCAAGAAACCACGGCGAGGCCAAGAAGCUAUUUGAAGAGGUUCUUACUCAUGAUCCUUCGUCUACUCCCGCACUGAUUGGUAUCGGCCUUAUUUACGAGGAGGAGGAGGACUAUGACGACGCUAUUGACUUCUUUGGCCGCGCGCUACAGAGGGAUCCAAAUAAUCUCCGCGUCAAGACCGAAUCUGCCUGGGUUCAAGCACUGAAAGGGGACUACGAAACAGCCAAGACUGAGUUGGAAGCUUCCCUUCCUCUGAUUGAAAAACUCACGCCACCCGCAAAGGAAUUGCUCGCCCAAACACAAUAUCGUCUCGGUUCCUGCAUAUGGAAUUUGGACUCGUCAAAAGCAGCUCGCAAGAGCCGCACAGGCGCUUAUGCUUACUUCUUGGAGGCCCUGAAGAACAAUCUGAAUUUCGCAUCCGCCUACACUAGUCUAGGUAUUUACUACGCUGACUACGCCAAAGAUAAGAAGAGGGCUAGACGAUGCUUCCAGAAAGCUGUCGAACUUUCGUCCUCUGAAGUGGAAGCUGCUAAACGCCUUGCGCAAUCGUUUGCGGAUGAGGGUGAUUGGGAUCGCGUUGAGUUGGUGGCUCAGCGGGUGGUUGACUCCGGAAAAGUUAAGCCACCACCAGGUUCUAAGAGGAAGGGUAUUAGCUGGCCCUUCGCUGCUCUCGGAGUUGCGGAACUCAACAAGCAGGGCUUCCACAAAUCUAUUGUGUCUUUCCAAUCGGCUCUUAGAAUAUCACCUGAAGAUUACCACUCCUGGGUUGGCUUAGGGGAAAGUUACUACUCCUCAGGCCGAUACAUUGCCGCAACAAAGGCUAUUCUGAACGCGCAGAAAUUAGAAGAAACUGCGCCGAAGGAGGUGCUGGGAGAUACCUGGUUCACCAAAUACAUGCUUGCUAAUGUCAAGCGUGAGUUGGCUGAGUUUGAUGACGCCAUCGGACUUUACCAGGAUGUUAUUGAGGGCCGGCCCAAUGAAGACGGCGUCGCUAUUGCUUUGAUACAGACCAUGGUCGACAACGCACUUGAUUGUGUGGAAAAGGGUCUCUUUGGUAAGGCAGUGCAGUUAGCGAAGGAUACCAUUGCCUUUGCGUCUAAUGCGGCUGUUAGUGUGGUUGAGACCUUUAACUUCUGGAAGUCACUGGCGGAGGCUUGCUCUGUGUUCUCUGCAGUGCAGAGCCGCGCGGUCGAUUUCCCAAAAGAAGCGAUUAUGACUCUUCUUGACAGUGGUGACAAGCAAGCCUACGACACAUUUUCAGACGUCGACAAUGUUGGCACUGGGGUUAUUUCCGCAAAGGGCCUUUUCUCCGAAGACGAGAGGCUAGGAGUCGAUCUGACGAGAUGUAUUCAUGCAACGAUACUCUGCCACAAGCGGGCCAUUCAUGCGUCGGCAAAUGACUUGCAUGCUCAGGCUGUUGCGUAUUAUAACCUGGGCUGGGCAGAGCACCGAGCUCACAUCUGCCUGCCUUCAAGCAUCCGGAAGAAAUCGAGCGUAUACCUCAAGACCGCAAUGAAAUGUUUCAAGCGUGCUAUCGAGCUCGAGGCUGGAAACUCGGAAUUCUGGAACUCAUUGGGCGUCGUUACGAGCGAAAUCAGCCCAGCAGUCUCUCAACACUCGUUCGUCCGAAGUCUGCAUCUUAAUGAGCGAAGCCCUGCAGCCUGGACGAACCUUGGAACUCUCGCGCUUUUGCAGAAUGACGUGCAAUUUGCCAAUGAGGCCUUCAACCGGGCUCAAUCAACAGAUCCUGAUUACGCACAUGCUUGGCUUGGCCAGGGCUUUGUGGCCCUCCUUUUCGGAAAGACGAAGGAGGCAAGAGGUCUGUUCACUCAUGCGAUGGACAUCGCAGAGUCUUCCUCUGUCCUUACUAGGCGUCAGUUCCCCGUGUCGGUGUUUGACCAUAUCCUGACAGCGACCUCUGUCAACAUCACCUCUUUAAUCCAGCCUAUCUUUGCUCUGGGCCAACUCAACAGCCUGAAGCCCCAAGAUCUGGCCUAUGGACACUUGUCAACCAUGUUUUUGGAACGGACCCAUGACAAUGUGAAGGCAGUGGAGAUGUUGGAGAAAAUCUGCAGUAUCCUGGAGGCCGACUUUGAAGUGACCGAAUCCACCAAGGCUCUCGCACAAUUCGCGCUUGCAAAGGCUGAUUUGGCGAGAUCAUACCUGGCAUCCGGUUCCUAUGAACAGGCUAUCGAAUGUGGCGAGAUGGCCCUCCAAUUGAGCAGUGACGAAUCUGACAAUGAGUUGACCAAAGAAGAGCGGAAGAAGGCACGUCUCUCAGCUCAUUUGACAGUUGGUUUGGCGCAAUAUUAUAGUGAGGAUAUUAGCGAGGCACUCUUGUGCUUUGAAGCGGCACUUGAAGAAUCCGACGGCAACCCGGAUGCUGUGUGCCUCCUUGCCCAAGUCCUAUGGGCCAACGGCACAGAAGAAUCCCGUGAAAAGGCUCGAAAUUCGCUCUUCGAAGUGAUUGAAAAGCAGCCCGACCAUGUCCAGUCCGUCCUACUGCUCGGUGUUGUCGCAGUUCUUGACAACGACGAAGAAUCCAUCGAGGCAGUUGUGUCCGAACUGGAGGGUCUUCGAACCAGCGACAAGAUUUCGGACGCAGAUCAGUCUCAGAUUGGUGAGGUGCUUGGCGCCAUCGCCAAGCUUGGAGAGACAAGCACAGACGAAGACGUCCAGACCCAGAUCCAGAGGGAUAUAAUGUUGUACCCUAACCUUCCUCAUGGCUGGUCUAAUCUUGGAGACUUCAGUGGGGAACAGUACCCUGCGGAGAUGGCGUUGACAGUGGCCAAGAAGGGAAUUCCGCCGCGGGGAACACUCGAGGCGGCGGAUCUGGCCAAGGCGUACGCAGGUACUGGUGUUGCUGCGGAUGCUCAGACAGCAAUUUUCUUGUCUCCUUGGACUGCGGACGGUUGGAACUCCCUGCAGGAAGUUGUUUCUGGAAACUAG